AUGGAAGAACUAGACGCGCAGCUGCAAUCUCUACAAACCCUCAAACCGCCAGGAGUAACCAAGACGAAGAUCGAGUCCAUCACGGCGAUAUGUAUCGCCAACGUACAAGCAGAGGCACUGAUCAUCCAGACGAUCUUGGCGCAUUUUCAAAGAACUCCCGCCACGCAUAAGCUAGGCGUGCUCUACGUUGUAGACUCCGUGACGCGACAGUGGGUCGAAAAGGCUCGCCAUGCAGGUCAGGCGCUGUCUGGCUCUGCUGCGGCGCCAGGUACUUAUGCGGCCGGAGUUCAUAAGAUAACCGAGGUGCUGCCCGUGAUGAUGAACGAGCUCAUCCAACACGCACCGGAGAACCAGAAGGAAAAGGUCAAGAAGCUGUUGGACAUUUGGGAGCGCGGCCAUACGUUUCCGGCCACCAUGCUCGCCGACUUCAAGCAGAGAUUGGAGGCUCCUUCACGUAAGAUAUAUAUCUUUCCUUUGUCUUUUGGCUUUUGUCCCAAAGCUCAGCAACCGCAGCUAGUUGGCACGGCCACCACAACAGCCGCACCAGUCUCGCAAGAUCCAGGUUCCAUCCUAGCUUCGCUUGCAAAUAUGGGCAAUCAAGCCCCAGCGAGUGCCGUACCUGCGCCUUAUGCGGCUCAAAGUAAAGGUAAUUUCACGCACGUGACCAGUAUACAGCAUCAGAACGGAGCUCCUCCGGCAUUGCAACCUCAAUCAGCGCUUCCGUACAUGCCGCAGGCCAACAUACCCAUUGCAAGCACUAACGGUAAUGUCAACGGUCCUGCUGUUCAGGCAAAUGCGGCUGCGGUCGCCUUUCAAUUUGCAGAGAAUUUUCCUGGAGGCCUUCCGGCUUUCGUGCAAAUAUUGCAAGCAAUCCAGCAGCAGAAUCUGCCACCCCAACAAGAAGCGCAGUUGUUGGCGAUGUUGGGGUUUCCACAAGGAGCUUCAACAGUCCCGCCGGCACUUCCAGCUAUGGCACAGCCUGCUGUUGGUAUGCCAAGUGGGUAUACACAGAGCGCUCCAGAAAACGGAUUGCAAGUCGCACAAGAUAGCCUAGCAUCUGAGCAGAACGGUAGGCACAUGGCCCAUGACAGCCACACACAGCGAGAUCGUAGCCGCUCGCCUGAUUACUCACACAAAAGACGGCGCGUCACUCCGCCCAACCGCCGUGCUAGUCCCACAUACGAGCAUGAUAGACGUGGAAAGGGCAGAGGACGAGGCAACCGUCGUGACCAUCGUCAAAGAACACCACCUGCGCACCUCAGCAAGCCGAUAUCUCCGGCAAACGUACCUCGAGGUCUGCAGCCGAAAUGGGUUGAAUUUGAUAAAAGCCUCGCUCCUGGGACCAUCAAAGUGCUUAGCAGGACCCUAUUCAUCGGCGGAGUCAACUGUCCUGAGGCGGAGGUAAAGGCUAUCUUCAGCCGCUUCGGCAAAGUCCAGACGUGCAUCGUCAACCCCGACAAGCAUCAUGCGUUCGUCAAAAUGGUCGACCGCAAAGACGCUGUUGCCGCAAAAGUGGGCAUGGAGAACAGCACCGAUCCCGAGGUAGUCAACAAAGCACGCAGCACCCGUUGGGGUGUCGGGUUCGGCCCGCGCGAGUGCAGCGACUACAACACCGGCAUCAGCAUCAUCCCAAUCGAUCGCCUGACUGAUGCCGACCUCAAGUGGGUGGUUAGUGCUGAGUACGGCGGGACCGGGGGCGUACCUCUCGAAAGCGGCAUGGUCAUGGAAGAGCCGGACAUCGAGAUUGGAGCAGGUGUAUCGUCAAAAGCCAUCAGCGCUCGUAUGGGUCCAGAGCCUAUCCACCAUCGCGGUGGCGGCAGCAUGGGGCGUAAGAAACAUUUCGACCCCGGCGCGCCACGCUAUCGUAAAGCGGACAAGCGUACAUCGCCAAAAGCAGAUGCCGCCAUCGGAGUGCCACCGCCUGUGCCUGGCUUUGGAUUUCAGCUUCCGGGCAUGAACAGAUGA